AUGCACUCUCCAGCAACCCUCCUCGCCCUAGCAGGCGCCCUCUUUGUCCUCCCCACCCUGGCAUCACCCCUUGAGCUGGACGCAACCCUUUCACGCCGGGAUGUCUUUGUGGCGACUGUCUGCGAUCCUCUCGUCUACGGCGCGAAACAAGUCGCCUUUGGCAGUGUCUGUGCUGGGAUCCAGGACGGCACCCUGACCGUGGUGUAUAGUACUGACAGCGGCUGGACUAUCAAUGAUGUGCAUGUGCUGGUUGGUACUACGACCCCCACGGAGACUGCACCCGGCCAAUUCCCGUACAAGAGUGACAACGGGUUCUGCACCAUCUCCGGGACCAGAGCAACGUGCACCAUUCCAGUGCAGGACUCGUGGAGAGCGUGCGACAAGGACCUCUAUAUUGCCACGCAUAUUGCUGCGACCAGCUCUACCGGCGCUGCUGAGACUGGGUGGGGAAAGGGGACCUGCUAUGAUAACAAGGGGAAUUGUGCCAAGUACUGGACGUUCACACAGAGGUGUCAGUGUCCGGUGGUUUAUGAGUAUGAGCCUGCUGUUACAACGAGCAUUGUCACCUACACCACCACCUCCCAAACGGUCUACACUGUCACGUUUGCCGAUGAGACCAGUACCGCUAGCUGCAACGAUCCGAAGAAGGGUGCCACUCAACGUGUUACUACUACUAAGCCGAUCCCCGCGGGGUGGACGCCGCCGGCGAAGUAG